AUGGGGAUCUCCAUCAUUAUCUUUGAAAUAUGUCUUUUGUUGGGUCAAACCCUUUCUGCAGGUUGGUGGAACCCAGGGGGAACAAUUAAUGAUGUGUUUUAUCCAACUGAACAAACCACAGAAGAGCCCACUACUAUAUUUCCUGACCACAUCCCAAUAGGAACAGAGUCUGGUUUGGCUGUGAGGCUGGUGAAUGGAGGAGACAGGUGUCAGGGUCGAGUGGAGAUCCUUUACCAGGGUACCUGGGGCACCGUGUGUGACGACAGCUGGGACAUCAAUGAUGCCACUGUGGUGUGCAGGCAGCUGGGCUGUGGCUCGGCCUUGGAUGCUUUAGACAGUGCCUACUUUGGACAGGGCUCAGGGCCCAUUGUCCUGGAUGACGUGGCAUGUAGAGGAUAUGAGGACUAUCUGUGGAGGUGCUCCCACCGAGGCUGGCUCUCUCAUAACUGUGGACACCAAGAGGAUGCUGGAGUCAUCUGUUCAGAGGCUCAGACAAGCAGUCCCACACCUGGUUGGUGGAACCCGGGGGGAACAAUUAACGAUGUGUUCUAUCCAACUGAACAAACCACAGAAGGAACAGAGUCUGGUUUGGCUGUGAGGCUGGUGAAUGGAGGAGACAGGUGUCAGGGUCGAGUGGAGAUCCUUUACCAGGGUACCUGGGGCACCGUGUGUGACGACAGCUGGGACAUCAAUGAUGCCACUGUGGUGUGCAGGCAGCUGGGCUGUGGCUCGGCCUUGGCUGCUCCAGGAAGUGCCCGCUUUGGACAGGGCUCAGGGCCCAUUGUCCUGGAUGACGUGGCAUGUAGAGGAUAUGAGGACUAUCUGUGGAGGUGCUCCCACCGAGGCUGGCUCUCUCAUAAAUGUGGACACCAAGAGGAUGCUGGAGUCAUCUGUUCAGAGGCUCAGACAAGCAGUCCCACACCUGAUGUGUUCUAUCCAACUGAACAAACCACAGAAGAGCCAACUACUUCGGUUCCUGGUUACAUACCAAUAGGAACAGAGUCUGGUUUGGCUGUGAGGCUGGUGAAUGGAGGAGACAGGUGUCAGGGUCGAGUGGAGAUCCUUUACCAGGGUACCUGGGGCACCGUGUGUGACGACAGCUGGGACACCAAUGAUGCCAAUGUGGUGUGCAGGCAGCUGGAGUGUGGUUGGGCCUUGGCUGCUCCAGGAAGUGCCCGCUUUGGACAGGGCUCAGGGCCCAUUGUCCUGGAUGACGUGGCCUGUACAGGACAUGAGGCCUAUCUUUGGGGAUGUUCCCACCGAGGCUGGCUCUCUCAUAACUGUGGACACCACGAGGAUGCUGGAGUCAUCUGUUCAGCUGCCCAACUCCAGAACACAACCAGGCUAGACAUGUGGCCUACUACUACCUCAGCAACUACACCAGAUUUGAUGACUACAACUCCUUAUUAUGGUAAGUUUGGGAUGAGACCAAAGCAUAGCUUUCAGCAGUUCAACCAAGAGGUUGGAGAAAGAUUGGUGGACAACUUCUUCUCCUGGGUUUAUCAGCAUGUUCACACUUCUCUGUCUGCAGAGUACACUUGUGGAGGUUUCCUGACUCAGUCCUAUGGGCUAUUUUCCAGCCCAUACUACCCCUCAAGCUAUCCUAACAAUGCCAGAUGUUUGUGGAAAAUUUUGGUUCCCAGCAUGAACCGUGUGACAGUGGUCUUCACAGAUGUGCAGCUUGAAGGAGGCUGCAGCUAUGACUAUAUCCUGGUUUAUGAUGGCCCUGAAUACAAUUCUUCUCUCAUUGCUCGGGUAUGUGAUGGAUUCAAUGGAUCUUUCACCUCAACCCGGAACUUCAUGUCUGUAGUCUUCAUCACGGAUGGCAGUGUGACAAGAAGAGGGUUCCAGGCUGACUAUUACUCUAUCCCUGUCAGCAUUGGCACAAAGUGUGGGACACUGGCCAUGUUCUGGGACCAAGCACAUCUGGCUUCUAUUGGUGGCCUACAACAUAUCCUUAUGUGCUACCUUAUCUCAGGAAAUGAUUCUUCAUUGGUGCUGAGGCUGGCAAAUGGAACAAAUCGGUGUGAGGGCCGAGUGGAGAUCUUGUACAGAGGCUCUUGGGGCACUGUGUGUGAUGACAGCUGGGACAUCAAUGACGCCAAUGUGGUCUGCAGACAGCUUGGUUGUGGCUCUGCUCUGUCUGCCCCGGGAAAUGCUUGGUUCGGUCAGGGCUCAGGGCUCAUUGUCCUGGAUGAUGUAUCUUGCUCGGGAUAUGAAUCUCACCUGUGGAAUUGUCGUCACCCUGGCUGGCUUGUCCAUAACUGUCGCCAUUUUGAGGAUGCAGGAGUCAUCUGCUCACUCCCUGAGCCGACUUCUCCCAGGCCAGUCUGGACUACGGCACCUCCUUCCUAUGUAAACUAUACUUGUGGAGGUUUCCUGACCCGGCCCUCUGGGCAAUUUUCUAGCCCAUUCUACCCUGGGAACUAUCCUAAUAAUGCCAGAUGUCUGUGGAACAUUGAGGUCCCAAACAACUACCGUGUGACUGUGGUCUUCAGAGAUGUGCAGCUGGAAGGGGGCUGCAGCUAUGAUUAUAUAGAGAUUUUCGAUGGCCCCCACCACAGUUCACCUCUCAUUGCCCGGGUUUGUGAUGGGGCCGUGGGCUCUUUCACAUCAAGAUCCAACUUCAUGUCAAUUCGCUUCAUCACUGAUCACAGUAUUACUCGAAGAGGGUUCCAGGCUGAUUACUACUCAGUCUUUGACAAUACUACCACCAAUCUCCUUUGUCUGUCAAAUCACAUGCAAGCCAGUGUGAGCAGAAGCUACCUCCAGUCCAUGGGCUAUUCUGCCAGAGAUCUUGUCAUUCCUGGUUGGAAUGUGAGUUACCGGUGUCAGCCCCAGAUAACACAGAGGGAGGUCAUAUUCACAAUUCCCUACACAGGCUGUGGCACCACCAAACAGGCUGACAAUGAGACCAUCAACUACUCCAACUUCCUCAAAGCGGCUGUUUCAAAUAGCAUCAUCAAAAGGAGAAAGGACCUCCACAUCCAUGUCAGCUGCAAGAUGCUUCAGAACACCUGGGUCAACACCAUGUACAUCACCAACAACACAGUCGAGAUCCAGGAAGUCCAGUAUGGCAAUUUUGACGUGAACAUUUCCUUUUAUACAUCCUCCUCCUUCUUGUAUCCAGUGACCAGCAGCCCGUACUAUGUGGAUCUGGACCAGAAUUUGUACCUUCAGGCUGAAGUCCUCCAUUCUGAUGCCUCUUUGGCUCUGUUUGUGGACACCUGUGUGGCUUCUCCACAUCCCAAUGACUUCUCGUCUUUGACAUAUGAUCUCAUCCGGAGUGGAUGCGUCCGAGAUGAGACCUACCGAUCAUACGCCUCGCCCUCGCCACGCAUCUCCCGCUUUAAAUUCAGUUCUUUCCACUUCCUGAACCGCUUCCCCUCAGUGUACCUGCAGUGUAAACUGGUGGUAUGUCGAGCGUACGAUGUCUCCUCACGGUGCUACAGAGGCUGCGUAGUGAGGUCCAAGAGGGAUGUAGGCUCCUACCAAGAAAAGGUGGAUGUUGUCCUAGGACCCAUCCAGUUGCAAUCCCCCAGCAAAGAAAAGAGGAGCCUCGACUUGGCAGUGGAGGAUGUGGGGAAGCCAGCCAGCUCCCAGGCAGUCUACCCCACCGCGGCCGUCUUUGGUGGAGUCUUCCUGGCCAUGGUCCUAGCUGUGGCAGCCUUCACACUGGGAAGGAGGACACGCAUUGCCCGUGGCCAACCUCCAAGUACUAAGAUGUGAAGCGAAACAACCCAGACAUUGGCUCCAUGUGCACAGAUUCUCAGAGAAGAUGGAAGUGAGGGUCUAACACUUGGCACCCAGAUACAAGGCUUCCCUUAGCACAAAUGCAUGGCCAAGCAUGAUGAGAUGGCAAAGAAGAAAGGUGGAGGCCAAGUUUUCCCAGGAUCUACAGGCUAAAGGCUGUGGAGAAUGUCAUAGGAGAAUGGAACCAGUGUCUAGAAUCACAGGCAACUGUGAGCCCAACACUGGCGGCAGCCAUGCUUUUUCUAGCUAGAGUUUCCCUUUACCCCGUGUAUAGACGACUGUAGUGUCGAUGUCAGCCUUUUCUUACAACAGUGCAAACUAAAUAUAAAGAAUCUUUCUUACGGCAA